AUGUGCUUCACCUUGCCAAGAGCCUCUGCCAUCCACAGCAAUAAUGAGACAGACCGACUCGCAUUGCUGGAAUUCAAGGCCAAAAUAACUGAUGAUCCUUUUGGGGUCAUGAGUUCAUGGAAUAGCACUCUUCACUUCUGCCGGUGGUAUGGUGUCACCUGUGGGCGUAGACACCAAAGAGUCACAAGGUUAUACUUACGCUCCCUCAAACUUUCAGGCUCCAUAUCACCUCAUAUUGGCAAUUUGAGCUUCUUAAGGGAGUUAAACCUGGCAAACAAUAGCUUCAACCAUGAGAUCCCUCCUCAGAUUGGCCAUUUAAGCAGACUGCAAAAAUUGUCUCUUUCUAACAAUUCAAUUGAUGGUCAAAUUCCUCCCAGCAUAUCUAACUGUUCAAACCUUCUUUUCUUUUAUUUAGAUAACAACAAUCUUGUAGGGGAAAUCCCUGUGGAGCUUGGUUCCUUAUUGAAGCUCAAAAUCAUCUUCUUACACCGAAAUAAUUUACUAGGGACUCUCCCAUCAUCUUUCGGGAAUCUAUCAUCCCUUCAAAUUAUUGGUACAUAUCAAAAUCAUUUGAACGGAAAUCUCCCAGAAACUUUAGGCCAAUUGAUGCGUCUAAGGAUUUUAUCAAUUUUUGAAAAUGGAUUUUCUGGUACCAUCCCUUCCUCCAUCUGCAAUCUUUCUUCAAUCUACGCUUUAGACCUGACAUCUAACCAGUUCCAAGGGAAUCUUCCCUUGAGCAUAGGAAACUCUCUUCCAAAUCUCCAUUUUUUUUCUGUUCAUGAUAACCAGUUUACUGGCAUCAUUCCAACUUCAAUUUCUAAUGCCUCAAAUCUAGGAGUGCUUCAACUAUCCCUAAAUAAUCUCACCGGAAGUGUGCCUUCUCUUGACAAGUUUCAUAGGCUUUCAACAUUUGUGAUUGGUGGCAACAAUUUAGGAAGCGGGAAAGCUGAUGACUUGAGAUUUCUUUCUACUUCAACUAACGCCACAGCUUUACAAGUCCUGCAGAUAGGCUACAACAACUUUGGAGGAGAACUCCCUGAACACAUCGCCAACUUUUCAAAGAAGCUCCAUUUCUUUGACAUACAAAACAAUCAGAUAUCUGGAACCAUCCCAGUUGGAAUACAAGUUCUUGUUAACUUGGAAAUUUUCGGUGCAAACGGGAACAAACUCUCAGGCAGCAUUCCAUGUGGCAUUGGACAGCUUCAAAAUCUGAAAAUACUUUACCUUGGAGGUAAUAAUUUAUCGGGAUAUAUUCCAUCAUCUCUGGGAAACCUGACAAAUUUACUUGAAAUUGACUUAUCUGACAAUAAUCUUCAAGGUACCAUCCCUUCCGGUCUAGGCCGGUGGAAAAAUUUGCUCACGCUAGAUUUUUCUAUAAACAAUCUUAGUGGUCCCAUUUCCCCACAAGUUAUUGGACUCUCCUCCUUGUCAAAAAUUGUUGAUUUGUCUUCAAAUAAUUUGUCAGGUUUUCUUCCAAAAGAAGCAGAAAAUUUGAAAAAACUAAAAAUCCUUGACCUUCAUGAGAACAUGUUGUCAGGGGAGAUUCCUAGUGGCCUUGGCAGUUGUACAAGUCUAGAAUUGUUAUUCAUGAGUGCCAACUUGUUCCAAGGGUCCAUUCCUUCCUCUUUUGGUUCAUUAAGAGGCGGCAUGGUACCAGUAGGAGUUUUCAAGAAUUCGAGUGCUGCUACCUUUGUGGCAGGAAACAAAAAUCUAUGUGGUGGUACGCCUGAUUUUAGGCUGCCUACGUGCAAGUUUGAACAAUCAAAGAGGAGACUAGCUGCAAAAUUAAAGAUCAUAAUUUCUAUUUUUUGUGUGCUUACAGGUGCUGCACUUUUAGUUAUUUCUUUGCUUCUCUGGCGCCAUUCCAAAAAGAGAAAAGGAGAUUCUUCAUCAGUAUUUUAUGGGAAUUUUCUAUUGAAGUUGUCAUAUCAACGUCUGCUUAAAGCCACUAAUGGAUUCUCUUCAGAUAAUUUGAUUGGUGUUGGUAGCUUUGGAUCUGUAUACAAAGGGAUUCUUGAUCAAGAAGGAAUGGUAAUUGCAGUUAAGGUGUUUAACCUUAUGCGACGAGGAGCUUCAAAGAGUUUUAUAGCUGAAUGUAAGUCCUUACGAAAUAUCAGGCAUCGAAAUCUUGUCAAUGUACUCACAGCUUGUUCAGGAAUUGAUUAUCAUGGCAAUGAUUUCAAAGCAUUGGUUUAUGAUUUCAUGGUUAACGGGAGCUUAGAUGGCUGGUUGCAUCCAAUUCUUGCAAUAGAUGAGUUGCCAAAGACUUUAAAUGUUAUUCAAAGAUUGAAUAUUGCUAUCGAUGUUGCUUCUGCAAUUGAGUAUCUUCAUUAUCAUCGUGGAACACCAAUUGUUCAUUGUGAUCUAAAACCAAGUAAUGUCCUUCUUAAUGAAGAAAUGAUCGGACAUGUAAGUGAUUUUGGAUUAGGAAGGUUCCUUUCUAUUGGGAUGCUUGACUAUUCAAUAAAUCAAUCUAGUUCACUUGGAAUAAGAGGAACCAUCGGUUAUUGUCCUCCAGAAUAUGGUGUGGGAAGUGAGGUAUCAACACAUGGUGACGUAUAUAGUUUUGGCAUACUUUUAUUGGAGAUGUUCACAAGAAAGAGGCCAACUGAUGACAUGUUCAAAGAGAAUUUGAGUCUUCACAAUUUUGUUAGAAGAGGUUUGUCUGAACAAGUGAAAGAGAUUAUAGAUCCCAACCUUUUUCAAAUGCAACUCAAUACAGACGCAACAUCAAAUCAUAAUCACAAUUUUUGGAUUACAAGAAACAACAUAUUCAUUGAAUGCUUGAUUUCAACAUUAGAAAUUGGAAUCUCUUGUUCUAUGGAAUUACCACAAGAACGGAUGAAUAUGAGUGAUGUUGUUGCUCAACUCUCUUCCAUUAGAAACAAACUUGUUGAAACUAGUUGCCAAGGGAAGGAGAAACUGUACUCAAGAUUGAUCACUUCAAAGCAGAAUGUUCCUUAG